AGGGUAGUUGAUUGGGAUUCAACCGAUCCAGAGCUUGAGGCUUCCGGGUACGAUCCCUAACUGUGUGGCGCGAUUGUGGUCAAUAACUAAACAAACAUCGAUCGUCGCAAAGAUCGAUUGCCUGUACAAGGCACGGGAUUACACUCUCAGUGCGAUAGCGAUGGCAGAAACCGCCAACACGAUGUCUACCGAGUUUGCACUUGUCGAUAAAACCAAGGCCAAAGAGAGGCUAGACAAGUUUGCACUAGAACUCACCCUGCUACACGAAGCACUUCCAGACGAACUCUGGCCGAAAGAGGACGAAGCACCGCGAGAAUAUCACGAAGGACGCCCAUUCUUCCCCGGCAGGGUUUUCCUCGGCACAAACGAUGGUGCGAAGAUAUUUGCCUACUUGCGGAAGCAGUCUGAAAACGGCCAUACGAAAUUAGAGGUCUGGUACGACGAGGGCGGUCCUGAUGACGAUCCAACGAGAACGGAAUUCAAGGAUUCGCAAUUCGAACCAUGGUGCCAUCUCAUCGCAGACGAAGACUGUCCUAUAAACAAUGAGAAGGGCUCGGACUGGGAGAAGCGGAUGAAGCAGGUUGUGAGGCUUGUUAUGCUCGAGGUAGGGCAUUUCGACGGCAGUGGGUCUAUUGAGUUGUCAGAUGUGCUCGAGACGAUACAUCGUAAUACCCGAGAUUCAUUUGGCUCCAUCCAGGCAAGCCCGAGUGGUUCCCUUUUCGCUCCCAGUACCAUUGGCAAUGGGCACUCAACGUGGAAUUCUGAAAGUCAUGAAGCCGAAACCACUGAGGAUGUACAUGGUUUGGAAGCUGUGACUAUCCAGGGACUGAGACAGAUGGAUGGUACUUCGCUGGCUUCGUAUUACGCCAAAAUACUGCAGACCGUCGUUCCGCCUGAGCUUUGGUUCAAAACCGAAGCCUUUGGGGCUGAUGAAGAUUCCAAGCUCCAGGAAAGCCUCAAGCGCUUCAAACAUCUAAGCCUCCUUCCCGGAAAACUUUUACUAGGUCAGCGUCGACAACCCACUCAAGGCACAAUCAGAGUUUGGGCGGCUGUGCGAAAGUUGAGAAAGUCAACCGACUCGGAGAUCAAGGGGCCAACUUCGCAGAUGCUGGUAUUUGACGAUAACUAUGCGCACAUGGAACUUGCACCGUCCAUAUCUGGGCCGAUCGCGUUCGCACCGAUUUUCCAACUCCUUUUUAGAGAGGGAGAUUUCCAGGGAGAUUGGUACGCCAGAGUUUCCACUAGCGUCAGAGUCGCGCUGGUUCAUGCCGGAUAUCAUGACGGUGCCGAGUUCAAAUACAGGGCAGCAGCGGCGCCUGGUAUGCUGAGGGCGUUGAUGGAAGAGAACUUGAAGCGCAUGAGAGUCCCGACUGGAGGAAACAUUGCGUCUGCAAGGGGAUUUGAUGUUCAAUCCUCUUCACGCGGCCCUUCCCUGGCGACUGUAAUCGAACCCGACACUGUGAAUAGCUUGGACGCUGGCAAGCAAGCUACCGAACAUAACACUUCUUCCGGGGGUUCGGGCGGAGGUGUUUCCUUCACGAAGAUGCGUCCCACAUCCGACGAAGCCACGCAGCCCGCUAGUAAGAAGCAGAAGACAAGCGAUGGAAAAUGUCUCUCACUCGUCGACUACAUCAACAUCCCGACCGAAACCUCACCCAACCUUGCCAUUCAUCUCGCAUCCAAGGAACAAAUCCGUAUGAUGACAGAAGAAAUCGCCGCUCUCAACACUGACAAGACUGAGCUACAAGAGAAGUUGGACGGUCGCUCGGACUUUCUUGACGAGCUACAUGCACAGAUUGAUGGCCUGAACGAUCAGGUUGAGAACCUGUCAAGCCGAAAUCAGAGCCUGUCCAUGCAGAACCAGGAUUUGUCUCUUGCGAAGCAGAGCCUGACAGAGCGCGUUGGAAGAGAGAUUCAAGAGAAGGCCAUCAUGAGGCAGAGGCUCAAGAAAUCGGAAGAGCUCAGAAACGCGCACACUAGAUACUGUCAACCAGUCAUGCUGAAGGUGAUGACAGUCAAACACAUGAGCUAUGGAAGCGACAAGGGUCUCGCUUUGCUAGACGCGAAGAUGGAGUAUACAGAGACGUUUGGGAUGGAGCCUGUGGAAGAAGAGGAGAGUUGUUCUACAUUCUAA